UUGUGUUUGUAUUAUUUUCUUGUGCUGUAUAUCUUGAGAAAAGAAAGAGUUAAAAUUAUUAUUUCCCAUAAAUAUCAAAGCAUGCAUGAGAGAUUCUUUGCUUUCAUCAAAAGCUGCGUUGAAAGUUAUACAUCACCUACAAUUAUGGUAGCCCUUUCAGAAAAAUCACAUGGUUAAAGACAAGACAACAAAAGCACUUUCUUAAUCUCCAAGCUUUUUGCCCCAAUCAACUACCCGAUAUUGGAUCUUGUCAUGGCAUUUUGUUGCUUAAAUUAUGAUGGAGAAUGCCAUUGCUUUUGCAGAUAACAAGGUUUCUUCAUCGGAAAAUGAAAAUGGUAGAGCAGUAUGAGAGAGAGUUGGCCGUGGGAGUGGCGGCGGCUGCGUAUGUGGUCAACGCCAUUGAAAAAGGCGAAGCAAAAUAUAGGAUCAAAAUAGAAGGGAAAAAACAAGAUACCAUAUCGAGGGUGGGAAAUUCUGAUAGAGUUAGUAGGCGAUUCUCAAGCAAGGAAGUGACAACAAAUACAGCAGGUGAAACAUCCAGUAGAAAGUCAAGGGAAAGUAGUAAAGGAGGUGGUUCAUCAGCUGGAGACCAAAGGUGGAAGGGAAAUUAUUCCCAAACCAAUAAUGCUUUGGAGACUAAAGCUGAUGCUUGGCAGAAUGCUGAGUUGCACAAACUUAACAAACGGUAUGAGAAUAUGAAAGCAUCAAUUCAUGAAUGGGAGAAGGAAAAGAAGGUGAGAGCCAAAGUCAAGAUGGAAAGGAAAAAGAAAGAAUUGGAGAAGAAAAUAAAAAGGAGCCAUCAAGUUUACCAAUUGAAGAUAUCAAGAAUUGAUGAUAUCGCAGGUGGAGCAAGAGCUCAAGUCGAUGAGAAAAGAAGAAAUGAGGAAUUGAAGAUCAAAGAAAAAGCAAAGCAAAUAAGAGCUACGGGAGUCGUUCCUUUUACAUGUUUAUGUUUCUGAAUUACAUCCAAAUAGGAAAAGACAUUUGUGAAUCAAUAACAAGAUAAUGUAACUUCAAUUUCAUACCUAUUCCUUUUAGAGAAGAAAAAAUAUUUGUCCAA